GCGCUCACAGUAACAUGUGUUUUGAUUUUCUGGAAGAAAGACUGUUUUUUUAUAACCCAUCCCUCACACUAGCUGUAGCUGGAUCUUCGUUUUAAGUUUUAACGUGUUAUAUCCCAAUUUUAUGAAGGAUACUUAAUUCAAGUAAACUUUAUCUGUUGUUUCCGGUUGUGUCAUUUUUUUCAUUUUAGGUUAGUCUCAAACUGAUUUUUAACCUCAUAAAAAUCACAUGACAAAUUUUCAAAAUGGCUGAAGGGAUUUCUGGACAACUUUAUCAAUUCCCUCCUGAAUCAUAUGUUGACCCAUGUACCAUUUGCCUAGGGGAGCGUGAAGACAGGUCAUUGCCCAACAACUGUUUUCAUGAAUUUUGCUUCAGCUGUUUACUUCAAUGGUCCAAGGUAAAGCCAGUGUGCCCACUUUGUGUCCAACCCUUCAGCUCUAUCAUUCACAAUAUAAAAUCUGACCAUGAAUAUGAUGAACAGAGGGUUGAGAUUUUGGAUCCAUUAUUGGAUUUUGAGUACAGCAUGAACUACGAUGAAAUUGAUUCUAGUCCGGAUUUGAUUCUCUACAACGGGAGAUCAAUAUUUGAUCAGCUCUACAAUUCAGAACAACCAACUAGCACUUCCCAGGUCAAUGUCAGUCAUGCACCAACAAGAGUUUUCAUGGUAGUGGGUGAAGAACUGGGAAUGAUAACACGUAGUGGUGCAUCGAGUAGGCCUGCUGUUGCAGAAUCCAGCUCUGAAGAUAAUCUCUCAACACUACACACUCCUUUUACUCAGCAGCCGGUUACAAGUGAGCAGAGUCUAGAAAAUCUCGACAGUUUCCCAUCAUCUCUCCAAUCAGACUUGGUAGCAUCUCAUGAUAGUGGUUCAUCACUUCCGCCGAGACCUAGCAGAAUCGGUCGAGUUUCACUGGCUAUCGACGAAGGAGAACGUAUCGUUGAUCCUCCCACGUUUACAGGCAGGGGGCUGCAUUGUGAAAUCUCUAACCGGCCAGAUCCUAGACCGUCGGCACCGACUGUCGGAAGGAGAAGGACGGAAGAAGAAGGUGGAAAUUUUGAGUCGGACGAAGAAGAAGGUGUACAUUUUGAGUCGGAGAUUGAUCCCGAUCUAUGAGCUUUGAAAUAUAACUGGAAAACAUUUAAAUAAAAAAUUUGCCAAAA